AUGUACUUCUGUUACCCAAAUUCGCGGUACGUCAGUCCACCAGAAGCUGUUUGGAAGUUAUUUUCGUAUGAAAUGCAUAACAAGAGUCAUACCAUCGUUAGACUUUCCGUCCACCUGGAAAACUAUCACAACGUGUACUUUGUACCCGGACAGGUAUUAGAGCGAGUACAAAACGCCGCCCUGGCUCGAACUAAACUCACGGCUUUCUUUGCGCUCAACGCCAUCGAUGUCGAGGCUAGACAAUACCUGUACCACGAGAUACCGGUACACUACACUUGGAACGUGACACGCAGAUCAUGGGCGCGACGGCAAAGACAGAUGACGUACGAGACGUUGGCUCGAAUGUACGUAGCCAACCAACUUGAUCGAGAUCGUUUUCAUUUGCGAUUGCUACUUCUGCACAAAAGAGGUUCACAGUCUUUCCGCGAUAUGAGGACAGUAGACGGGGUGGUGCAUCCAACCUAUGCGGCUGCAGCCGUCGCAAUGGGACUUUUAGAAGACGACCGAGCUUUGCGGGUUUGCAUGGCAGAAUCGGCAACAUUGGACACUCCAGUUCAGCUUCGUUACCUAUAG